UGAGCAAAUGUCAUAGUCGAUGACGCACUGCUACAAAAAUUAAAGAAAAAUAUAAUUGUACGCAAUAAAAAACUGCAUUAAAAUCCGAGUUACACAAAAACUUCAUUACUAUUUAGGGUAACAAAAGCAAAGGUUUGCAAGAUGAGUUUCUUUGGCAAAAUGUUUGGCGGCAAAAAGGAGCAGGCUCCCACCACAGGCGAGGCUAUACAGAAAUUGCGUGAGACAGAAAAUAUGCUGGUCAAAAAGCAGGAAUUUCUAGAAUCAAAAAUUGAAGAGGAAUUGAAUACAGCUAGAAAAAAUGCAUCUAAAAACAAAAGAGUGGCCUUACAAGCUUUAAAGAAAAAGAAACGUUUGGAGAAGCAAUUGCAACAAAUCGAUGGCACGCUGUCAACCAUUGAAAUGCAACGUGAGGCAUUGGAAAGUGCCAACACGAAUACUGCCGUCUUGACAACUAUGAAAAAUGCUGCCGAUGCUCUCAAGGCGGCCCAUCAAAAUAUGGAUGUUGAUAAGGUCCAUGAUAUGAUGGAUGAUAUUGCCGAACAACAAGAUGUGGCUCGUGAAAUUUCCGAUGCUAUCUCAAAUCCAGUUGCCUUCGGUGCUGACAUCGAUGACGAAGACUUGGAACGUGAAUUAGACGAAUUAGAACAAGAGAACUUCGAUAGAGAAAUCAUUGGUGUGCCCGAACCCGCUACCACAUUUCCCGAAAUUCCGGACGAAGAUGUUGCCGAAAAAGCCAAAGAAAAGAAAAAAGCUCCUGUUUCAACUACCACAGCCACCACAGCCGCAGAGGCAGAAGAUGAUGAUCCUGUUAUGAAACAAUUAUUGGCAUGGGCUAACUAAACUCCUCACAUCUAUGGCACCUAUGGUUAAAUUGCUACACGAAACAAGAGAAAGAAGAAGCAACAUCUAAAAGACCUUUGUCCAGGUCCCUUUGUAAACAAAGUUUUAUUUUUCUAUUAAGGCUAUCUAUCCUACCCUCAUAUACAAGUAAUGAUAACAAUACUGCAUAUGUCUUCAAGGUAAUCAAUCAAUAAUCAAGGGCUUGGAGCGCUAGACACAUAUUUUACAGAUAGUAUUCCAUCAUCACAUCAUAUCGAAUUUCUUUUAAAUUUGUGGUAUACUAUUUGGAUUUCCUUUUCUCGGCUGCGAGGAAUCUCCUUUAUAAAUAUAUAUACAUAGCUUUUGAUAUUGAGCAUCCCUGGAUAAUUGUGUGCAGUUAUAAAAGUAGUUUCUCACAUCAGUUUUUACACCUCCUCAUGAGAUGGAGAGAUUUGCUUUAGUCUAUGUGUCCGCAAUUCAAUUUGUGUAGCUUUUUAUUUGAUUUUGUUUAGAUUCAGCGCUCUUGAAAAUAGGGUUAUAAGAUAACAUUGUAUUGUAAUUUAAAUGUAUUCUAAUAUUUUAAUCGAAGGAGAACAGAGAACACAACGUUUAUACAUUAAUUGAUGAUAAUAAAAAAAAAACUCACUAAAUGAAAUAAGAACAUUUAAGAAAA